GUUGGAGUUUUUUUUUACCUUACAUAACAAAACAAAAUUUCAGAUAGUGAAUUAUUUAACCUUUAUGUUGGAUACAAUAUCGGACUUAUCACAAUUCAAUUCUUUCUGUUACCAAGUUAGAUAACUUUGCUUUUAUAAUAAAAUUCUAUCUUGUAUACCUAUAUAACUGAUUACGUAAUGAUUAUUUUACACAACUAGAAGAGGCAGCAAAUCGUCAGUUCCAGUUAGUGAAUCCAAAUAUAUUCAUAUUUUCAGGUUAUACAUUGUGUUGCCGAAAUGAUUGCCACAGAUAUGAAGUAAUAAGUAACUUAGAUACAAGGCUUGUAUUCUACAAUCAUCUAUUUUUUUUUUCAAGUGGCAUUUAAUCAAAUUUAUUUCUAUGGCGAACUCUCUGUGUUCAUGAAUUUCCACUCUGAUCAUUGGUGUUUUCAUUCAAUUAAAUUCUAUUCAUAAAUAACUAUGUCAAUCAAUAAAAAACAAAUAGCUCAUCUCAAUGACGAUCAUCAACAUUUAGAAGAAUGUAUGGAGAAACGUUUAUGGGGUGUAUUCUUUAUUAUAUCACUUGGAUGCUUUUUUGGUGGAAUAUUUAUUAUAAUUACAUAUAGAAUAAUGAUGCAUAUUAUAAUGUAUUUAAAAAGUAAACAGUCAAUUCAUUUAGCUAAUCAACCUACUAAUCUAUCUCAUAGAAACAAAGAUGGAAAUGAAUUUCAUUUACUUCAAAAAGAUACUAAAACAGAAACAAAUGAUAAUGGAAAUUGGAUUGGUUCAACUGGAUCUGAAAUAUAUAAGAAACAUAAUUCUAAGAAAUGCUGUUUUCAGUGUUGGACAUCUAUUCAACAAAUUUUUAUUCAAGGUCGUUCCUGGGCUAUUCGACUUGUCAGUUAUGAUUGGAUGCCUGGUAGAAUAUUUAUUGCCUUAUCAAUGAUAUUCAGUUUAACAUCUUUCGGUAUAUAUGCUUAUGAAGCAACAAUGUGGCCAUCAGAAAUUGAAAAAUGUGGUCAUAAAGGUCGACGAUUUCGUUUAUUAGAUUUUACAAUGAAUAUUUUCUUUCUAUUACAUUUCAUAGUUCGAUUAAUUGCAUCUAGUGAUGUUUUAUUGUUUUGGAUUGAAUGGUAUUCUAUAUUAGAUUAUUUAACUGUUCCUCCAACCAUAUUUGGAUUUUUCAUUAAAAGAACAUGGAUUGGAUUUCGUUUUGUACGUAUUUUUCGUUUAUGUAAUCUACCUGAAGUAUUAAACAAUUUGAAUGUGAUAAAAUCUGCAUCUAGUUUACGUAUGUGUCAAUUGUGUACAUUAUUUAUAUCUAUAUGGUUUGCUGGUGCUGGAUGUUUUAGUUUAUUUGAAAAUACUGGAAAUUUUUUUGGAUCUAAUACAUACAAUGUUAGCCAACAUUUACCAUAUACAGCUUCAUUAUAUUAUAUUAUUGUAACAAUGUCAACUGUUGGUUAUGGGGAUAUUGUACCACAAACUUAUAUGGGUAGAGUUUUUAUUUCAUUGUUUAUUCUAUUCGCUUUAGCUACAUUUGCUAGUGCUAUUCCAGAAAUAGUUGAUAUGUUUUUUAAUGUAAGUAAAUAUUCUGGUGUUUAUCAAAAACCAGAAGGAAAAUCACAUAUUGUUGUAUGUGGUGAUAUAACAACAGAUUCUGUAAGAACAUUUUUAAAUGAUUUUUUACAUGAAGAUAGACAACGUUCAGAUGUUGAAGUUGUUUUUAUCAAUCGAUCAAAACCGGAUUUACAAUUGGAAAAUUUACUACGAUUACAUUUCUUGAGAGUAAAAUAUUUUAGGGGUACUGUCAUGGAUCAUAAUGAUCUUCAACGUGUCAAGAUGGAAAGUGCUGAUGCAUGCCUAAUAUUAGCCUCUGCAACAACCAAAGAUCCAUAUCAGACUGAUGCAGCAAAUAUCAUGCGUGUUAUAGCUGUGAAGAAUUUUGCUAGUCAUAUCAGAAUUAUUGUUCAAUUGCUUCAAACUGAAAAUAAGGCUUAUCUAUUAAAUAGUCCAUAUUGGAAUUGGGAAUGUGGUGAUGAGAUUAUUUGUUUUAGUGAAUUAAAAUUAGGUUUUUUAGCACAAAGUUGUAUAGCUCCAGGAUUUUCUACCUUAGUAACUAAUUUAUUUACAAUGCAUUCUAUAAAAGGAUUAAAAGAAGCGGCAAAAUUUACAAAAAAUUAUAUGAAUUCAUAUCAUCAUUCAAAAACUAUGCAUCAUUACAAUUCAAAUUCAUAUUCUAAAGUCGUUUUAAAUCAAUCUCAAAUAUCAUCUACUCCACUUUCAUUUAAUAAAGAAAGAAGAAAAACAAAAUGGUUCAUUCAAUUACCUAAUAUUAUGAAAUCAUUAUUUAAACCAAAACAAAAUGAACAAUUCAGAAUGAUACAUAAUACAAUUCCAUCAAUACAAUAUUCUAUGGAUCCUAUCACAUCUACAAUAAUGGAUCCAGAAUCAUCAUUAUUAUUAUUAGAUUCAAAUAAUUGGGUUCAUAAUUAUUUAUAUGGUGCUAGUAUGGAAAUAUAUUCAGCUAAAUUUUCUAUAACAUUUAAUGGUUUACAAUUUACUGAAGCGGCUAUUAUUUGUCGAAAAUAUUUAGAUCUUUUAUUAAUUGCUGUUGUAGCUAAAAUGAAUAAAAAUACAGACAGACAAUCAUUAUAUAAAAUAUCGAAAAAUUCACCUAGCAACAACAACAACAAUAAUAAUCAUAGUAACAUUGAUAAUAAUAACUCACACGAUGAUAACGAUGAUGAUGAUGACGACGACGAUGAUGAUGAUGAUGACGAUGAUGAUGAUAAUGAAAAUGUCAAUAAUACUAAGUACUAUUUAGCUGUUUCACCAACUCUAGAUCAAAAUGUUAUUAUUAAUCAAGGAACUAUUGGUUUCUUCAUAUGUGAUUCACAAGAGAAUGCAAAUAAAGUUUCAUAUUAUUGUACAACUUGUCAUAUGAAUAAUUUAUCACCAUCUAACAUUAAAUCUUGUUCAUGUCAACAAAGAUUAAAUAAAUCUAAUUCUCAUUUAAAACUAAGCAGAUUAUGUAAAUCUAAAAAAGAUCCAUAUUCUAUACCGAAUCAACAAAUAACUAAUAAUUUAAAAGCAUCAUUAAUGAUACCAGAAUUAAUAGAAGAAUCUGAAACGAUACCAAAUCUAUCAUCAUCAUUAUUAUUAUUAUUACAUACUAAACAAAUAAGUCAAACAGAUAAAGAUAUGGCUGUCAUAACGGAUAAAGAUUUCAAUGAAUCUCAUACAAAAUCUAAAACAUUAUCAAGUAGAAAUAGUUUACAUUCAGCUUAUGAUACAGAAGAACAUUAUUCAGAUGUCAAUGAAAAUCAUCCAAGAAGAUCAAGUGAUACAGAGGUUCAUUUAAAAACUCAUACAGUUCAAUUGAAUAAUGAAUUUGAUAUUACAGGUAUGUAUUACUAUUGUGAUCGGCAAGGAUUUGAAGAUAAUCUAAUUACCACAAAUUCAUCUCAUAAACAAUCACAUGAUCUGUACAAUCACAUUCUAGUAUGUAUUCUAGCUGAACCAGAUGCUCCACUGCUAGGUCUGCAUUCAUUUGUUAUGCCAUUAAGAGCAAGCAAUUUCCAUCGUAAUCAAUUAAGAACUAUUCUGUUUCUAGGUGAUAUAAAGUUUCUACAAAGAGAAUGGUCAAAUAUAGCGAAUUUCCCAAAAGUUUACACACUUGCCGGUAGUGCAUUAUCUAGAGCUGAUCUACGAGCUGCACGCAUACAAUAUUCAUCAGUUUGCGUCAUAUUAGGAUCAAGAGGUACAGUGAAAGUUGACGAUCCAUAUAUGUUGGAUAAAGAAGUGAUCUUGUGUACAUUGAAUAUCAGAGCAAUGCAAUUUUCUCCGUAUCAUCGUCAUAAAACAUUUGUACAUAAUGUUCAUAAACGUCGGAGCGGUUCAGAGAUUCCAUUGAUUACAGAAUUAAUGACAGACAAUAACAUACACUACUUAGAUCCAGAUCAUUCAGGUGGAUUACAGAUCGCAGCUUCAUUAACUGCACCAUUUGCUAAAGGCAUAGCAUUCACAAAUUCUGUUCUUGAUGUGUUGGCAAGUACAGCAUAUUUUGAUCGUAAUUCAAUGACACUAAUACGUCAUCUUGUGACAGGUGGUGUUACACCAGCUUUGGAACAGUGGUUAGCUGAAGGCGGCGGUCUAAUUGGUCAUGGUAACCGGUAUAAUAAAGGAAAAGCAUUAUCCACUAAAAGUAUUCAGACUACUAGAAAAGAUUGGUGUUUAUUUCCCGAUCUCCUUGAAACAAGACAAAGACCACGAAUUGAACAAAUCUCUUUAACUAAUUCUCGUUUAAUUAGAACUGAUAACAAUGGUCAAAUAAUUUUAUUUCGUAAUUAUGGUGAUUUAUUUUGUCACGCUAUUCAACAACAUGGAAUUUUAUGUCUUGGCAUUUAUCGUCUAUCAUUCAACACAUAUAGUGGAUUAUCUCGUUUAGUUACUGUUCCUUGUACUAUUAAACCAAAAAUCAAUUCCACUGAUGAGUCAAUUCAAAUAAGAGAAACUAAUAGCCUUGCAAAUUGUCAAGAUAAUGAUAAACAAUUUGCGAAAUUACAUAGACGAUUAAGUACAUGUGGAUUACCUGUAGAUAGAGUACUACGUAAGCAUUCACUACAAUUAAAUAGGAAAUCACUCAGUAUUGAGGAUACCCUACAACAACAACAACAACAACAACAACAACAACAACAACAACACGAUAAUCGAACACUAAAUAAGAAUGCUUUCUUGGAUUUAAUUGACCAACAUUUUAAUAAAUUCGGAUUAAAUCGUUAUGUAAUAUCAAAUCCACCGAAUCAAUUUGAACUUUAUCCAACAGAUGUAAUAUUUUGCUUAUGUCCAUUUGAAAGUGAACGGAUGUAAUAGACAGAUGAUGAUAAUGCUGGCUAAUGUGAUCAUUUUGUUACUUUGUCAUUUUCAGAUUUUUCCUUUAUUAUUAGUCGUCUGCACACUUUCUUUCACUCCCACUCUCUCUCUCUCUCUCGCUAUUUCUGUAUGUGUCUAUGUAUGUGCUGUUUCACCAGAUUUCGUUUUAUAUAUUGUCUACCUUUUACUCUUAAAACGUGUUUCCAGAAUUAUUAUCUCUAAAAGUCAUUUAUUAACAUGUUACACAAACCUAAUUUAAUCACCUAAUCACUUAUUGAUUGAUUGAUUGAUUGAUCAACUGAUGUGCUUUUAUGAUAACAAAUGGAAAUAAAGCUGGAACAAUAUGCGUCAAGUUCUUCUUGUUCCUUAUUGGACUAAUUUAUGUACAUGCUGUGCAUGCUGUACCGAAAUUAUUAGUGAUUGAUUAUAGGGGAGUGAGCUUUCAAAGUACUUCCCUUCAAUUUCCAAAAUACCAAUGCAUACUUUGCUAUCAGUUUAGUAAACAAUAUUGAAGACUAUUUACAUUAAAAUUUUUUUAUCAAUAAGCAACUUCAAUGAUCCGAGGAUGUAUAGUGAACUCAUUACAGUCGGACUAAUUCAUUGUCAUCGUUUUUACAGUUUUAACAAGAGACCUCCAAGUAAAUUUAUCUUGAAUUAUUUCAAUAUAAAGAUUUCAAAACCAUC